ACUUGAUUGCGGAAGUUGCGUACCGGGUGGAUCUCUCAGAUGUCGGGACCUCGUGAUCGUCACCUUCUUGUUCGCCGAUCAUCAUCAUCAUCAUCAUCAGUAGUGGUUACAUUGUGGCAAAUCUGAUCGGAGCGGCUUUUAACAGCAAACCAGGCAGACCUGCACACACAAACACCAAGGAGGCGACCAUGGCCGCUUUGCUAUGAGAUAUCAGGAGCCAUGGCGGCUUGGCAACGCAUAACCGCCCUCUCUUCGCUGCUCCAAGUCGGCGUGUUGUUGUUGUUGUUAUCGGCUCGGAGCAGCGGGAAACCGGUGGACAAAUGUCUCGGCGACAGGUCUUGUCAGCCCCCGAGACCCCCCGUAGUUCUCAUUCCGGGGGAUCUGGGCAACCAGUUGGAGGCGAAGCUGGACAAACCCAGUGUGGUCCAUUACAUCUGCUAUAAGAAGACCGACUUCUACACUCUGUGGCUCAACCUGGAGCUGCUGGUCCCAGUAGCCAUAGACUGCUGGGUGGACAACAUCAGACUGAUCUACAACAGGACCACACACAGCACCUCGUCCCCGCCGGGUGUGGAAAUCCGUGUCCCGGGGUUCGGACAAACCUAUUCGCUGGAGUAUCUGGACCCCAGCAAACGCAGUGUGGGCAUGUAUUUCUUCACUAUAGUGCAGGCGAUGGUGGAAUGGGGCUACACCAGAGAUGAUGACGUCAGAGGAGCUCCCUAUGAUUGGAGGAAAGCCCCCAAUGAGAAUAAGGACUACUUCCUGGCGCUGCAGAAGAUGAUUGAAGAGAUGGCGGAGAAGGCCGGCGGGCCAGUGGUGCUCAUCGCUCACAGCAUGGGCAACAUGUACACCUUGUACUUCCUCAACCAGCAGCCACAGGCCUGGAAAGACAAAUACAUCAAAGCCUUCAUCUCUCUGGGACCGCCGUGGGCAGGCGUGGCCAAGACCCUCCGUGUGAUCACCUCUGGUGAUAACAACCGCAUCCCAGUGAUCAGCCCGCUGAAGAUUCGCUCCCAACAACGCUCUGCUGUCUCGACCUCCUGGCUGCUCCCCUAUGCCCACUCCUGGCCCAAAGAUCAGGUCUUGGUGCAGACGCCAACCACCAAUUACACCGUGCAGGACUACCAGCGCUUCUACUCGGACAUCGGCUUCGAGGACGGCUGGCUGAUGCGGCAGGACACGGAGCCGCUGGUGGCCGACCUCACGCCCCCCGGCGUGGCCGUCCACUGCUUAUACGGCAGCGGCAUCGCCACGGCGGAGGCCUUCCAGUACUCGGACAAGUUCCCGGACGUGGAGCCCACGGUGGUGCCCGGCGACGGGGACGGGACGGUGAACCUGCAAAGCGCCAUCCAGUGCGGCCGGUGGGUGGGGAAGCAGAAGCAGCCGGUGAUGUUAAAGGAGCUCCCGGGGAAUGAACACGUAGACAUGCUGUUGAACUACACGACCGUGGCUUACAUCAAGAACGUGCUGUUCCUCCCUUGACGCUGCUGCUCAGAAACAGAGACCGAUGGCUUUAUCCACACUGACACACACUGAAAUAUUUAAACUCCACACACACACACACACACACACACACACACACACACACACACACACACACACACACAACCAUAUGAAGGACAGACAGGGACCAACCCAUCUCGCCUGUCCCUCUUAACACUGACUGCCAAAAUGUUCCUCUGUACAUCCACAUUGCUUAGGAAAAAGCAUUGGAGUUUUGUAGAAUAACAUUAAUUUUAAUUUAAUUUUUAUAGCUUUAAUUAUACAUAUGAUGUUACUGUCAGGUUGUUUACUGUUAGGUAAGCCUGAAUACAAUGACUUUUAUAUUGGUCUCAGCUUUUAAAUAACCCGGGAUUUUGCCUACUUAAUCCACGAUAUUGUGAUAAAGGACGUCAAAAAACAGGGAUAUACUUUACGUGCCACUUUUCUGCGUUAUUAAUCAAUGUCAGAUCUUUUUAUUAAUGUUGUGAAACAGAUUUCUGGACUCUGUUGACUCUUAUGUUGUUACGCUAAACAGUACGGCACAUACUGUCUCUUUCUCAGUGCAACAGGUCACAUGUUUUAGUAGACUUGCUUAAUUAUUUGUUUUUAAAUUUCUAGUGAACCUUUUCUUUUUUUUGCAUGCAGCCAAGCUGUAAGUCCCUGAUGGUCCGAGUUGUUUUAAUUGUGUUGUGCAUUUCUAAAUGAGUCGUGUGUGCUGAAGGAACGGAACCAUACCUGCUCAGUAGUUGUGGCGAUAACUAUGGUUUCCUGGCUAAAGGAGAUGUAGGGAAAAGCGCCACUCUUUUACAUUGUGAAACCGUUGUUUCGGUGUUCAAGACAAAGCAUUCAAGCUUAAUUUUAAAAGACUCAAAUCAAAUACAUUUUUCUGUAGAUGCAGGCUAUUUCUUGGUGUUUUAGCAUUUGUUAGCAAUUUAAGUUCUAAAAUUAAAUGACCUGCUAUAAAAAGCCAGGAACCAGGUGACUUGAAGCACUGGAUUUUUGCAGAUACAAAUGAGGGGACUUUUGUUGUUUUAUGGUAUAAAUCAGAUCUUUUCUUUGUUUAUCUUUCUGUAUUGACAGACUUGAAAACUUGUGUUAAAACUGGACUCCCAUCUUUGUCAACAUGUAGUCAGAAUCUCUCUGCCCUGAGUGAUUGUAUUGUGCCAUCCAGCCCUCACUGGGCCAGACCAAGGCAUCAUAACUGCUGUGAUCUAUCAUAAAUGUGUGUCAUGAACAUAUGUGGCCUUCUAUAUAGUAAAAUAUACCAUACAUAACAUUUCAGCCAUUGACUUUUCUUUGUGGAGUAUAUCCCUUGUAAAUCCCUUUUGCAUGUCACCCCUUCACAAGUGC